UAGCGUGCUAAUGCUAACGCGUUGAAAACAACGUCAGGGUUUCACUUCCUAUCACGAGGCUCAGUCUGGACGUUACAGCUGCGGUGCACGAACACAAGGACGAAGAAGAACAACAGCACCGAUUCGCGUCAGUAAAGAACUGACACGUCUAAUGUCCGUGAUCGGCCAGUGAAGCUGCUGGUUAGCGGUGAUGCUGAAAGCUCACUGUAGCUAACGCUAGCUAGGUGACUCAGGGGGGCGCCUGAGCAUCUUAAAUCUAACGUAUAUCGAGCAAACCUGCACGAAUGUCUCAGUCAAACGACACCAGGACACACCGCGUACUGCUCAAAUGAUCGCUUACUACGAAUGAGACACCACAGAACACUGUCCUGCUGCGUACGCCACAUGUGAAAGGAAAACUCUGCAGCCACUAUUUGCACUUGCUGUCUCUCCCGCAUAUCAUAUCUGAAAACAGCUAUCGUUUGUUCAAUGGAGAAACUUUUCCUUUUGAUUGUGGUGAUUUCAACAUGUCUCGCAGAACCCAAAGAUCUGUCAGGCAAAGUGCUCGUCUUCACCAAGGAGACCAACAGCGACUUUGUGAAACUCCAGACGACUAAAACCCUUUUCAGUUCUGCGACUGUCUGUCUGAGAUUCCUCACAGAUCUCAAAAGGACCUACUCACUCUUCUCUUUGUCUACGUCUGACCACUUAAAUGACUUUCUGUUCUAUAAGCCCAGUGAAGAUGUCUUAAGAAUCCAUGCUCGGGACGAGGCCACAGACUUCCUGUCACUGUCAUUGCCUGCAAACACGUGGCACUCCAUAUGUGCCACCUGGCGCUCUGACAAUGGGUUGGCUCAGCUGUGGGUGGAUGGCCUGCCAACCAUCAAGAGAUACAUCAUAUCUGGAAAGCCCAUCAGCGGAGCACCUAGCACCAUUCUGGGCCAAGAACAGGACACCUAUGGCGGUGGUUUUGAAGCGAGUCAGUCUUUCAUUGGUAUGAUUUCUAAACUCCACAUGUGGGACUAUGUCCUGUCUGACAUAGAGAUCAAACGCUAUAUGAAUGACAAAUACUUCACCCCGGGCAAUGUGUUCAACUGGGGAUCCCUGGAGUAUGAGAUCACAGGGCUUAUUUUGGUGGAAGAUGACCCAGAAAAUAUGUAACCAAGUGUAAAACAGUGACUUUGUCACUUGUCACCACAUAUGUUGCAGAAUUCAAUACCUCAUGUGGAUGAUAUGUUCUGUAGAAAUGAUUAAAAUCUUUCCAGACACUUAAAA